UUGGCGAAGACGGGGAACGGGUAGCUGCGGCUCCGGCUCUUCGAGUUGGCGGCUCCCUCGGGCGCUGCCUCGCGGACGUGGAGUCCGCAGGGCGCGCGUCCGCGGAUCCCGGGUGGCACGCUCAGCUGCGGGCAGAGGCGACAUGAGUGCUGCGGGGCUGUUAGCUCCAGCUCCGGCCCCAGCUGGAGCGCCGCCGGCUCCGGAGUACUACCCCGAGGAGGACGAAGAGCUGGAGAGCGCCGAGGAUGACGAGCGCAGCUGCCGGGGCCGCGAGUCGGACGAAGACACUGAGGAUGCUAGCGAAACUGACCUGGCAAAGCAUGAUGAAGAAGACUAUGUAGAAAUGAAGGAACAGAUGUAUCAGGAUAAAUUGGCUUCUCUCAAGAGACAGUUGCAACAACUGCAAGAAGGUACAUUACAGGAAUAUCAGAAGAGGAUGAAAAAACUAGAUCAGCAGUACAAAGAGAGGAUACGAAAUGCAGAACUCUUCCUCCAGCUGGAAACUGAACAAGUGGAAAGAAAUUACAUCAAAGAAAAGAAGGCGGCAGUGAAGGAAUUUGAAGACAAGAAGGUUGAGCUGAAAGAGAACCUGAUUGCCGAGCUAGAAGAAAAGAAGAAAAUGAUUGAAAAUGAAAAGCUAACGAUGGAACUGACUGGAGAUUCUAUGGAAGUGAAACCCAUCAUGACCAGAAAGUUGCGGAGGCGACCAAAUGAUCCUGUCCCCAUCCCAGACAAGAGACGAAAACCUGCUCCUGCCCAGCUAAACUAUUUGUUAACAGAUGAACAGAUCAUGGAGGAUCUGAGAACGUUAAAUAAGCUGAAGUCACCCAAGAGACCAGCAUCCCCAUCCUCUCCCGAACACUUGCCCGCCACACCUGCAGAGUCUCCAGCCCAGAGGUUUGAAGCUCGGAUAGAAGAUGGCAAACUGUACUAUGAUAAAAGAUGGUACCACAAGAGCCAGGCCAUCUAUCUGGAGUCAAAGGACAACCAGAAAUUGAGUUGUGUGAUCAGCUCUGUCGGAGCCAAUGAGAUCUGGGUGAGGAAGACAAGUGACAGCACCAAGAUGAGGAUUUACUUGGGUCAGCUUCAGCGCGGGCUCUUCGUGAUCCGCCGGAGUGUGAACACAUGCACGUAACCAGCAUCUAGACCAAGAGACAGUGUCACCAGCGUCCAUGUAACCAGCAUCUAAACCAAGAGACAGCGUCACCAGCCUCCAUGUAACCAGCAUCUAGACCAAGAGACAGCGUCAACAGCAUCCAUGUAACCAGCAUCUAGGCCGAGAGACAGCGUUACCAGCGUCCAUGAACCCCGUAGGCUUUCUUCCUCGCUAGGGUAACUACUAGCCCGACAACUUUUCUCUGUUUUAAUCAUCUUAGCCUUCAAGCUCUUCAGGUCUAUGGGUCCUUCCAUAUUUGUUCUAGAAGAGCCAAGUCCUUGAUGUAGGCUAGGGCCUGCUGACCAGGGAUGCAAGAGCUGGCAGCAAAGGGUGUGGCUAAGUGGGAGAGGCCAAAAAGCAGACUCAGGUCAACCAUUUUGCCUUCCUGUUUGUUAACCGGGGCUUGCCCUUGACGUUAGUAUCUGCCUUUAACUGAGUACUCUUUAUACGUCAAAUAUAAUCAAGCCAAGACUUAAUUCUCCUUUGAAACCCAGAGGUCAGCACUGUGCCUGGUCAUAGUAAGUGCUCCGUGAAUGUCAGCUGUCAGACAGUGUUAGUGUCAAAUGAUGGGCCAAGAGAGGCAGACUGGUAAGAAUGUCUCCAGUUCUUGGCACUCUGCCCUUCACCACCUGCAUCAUCUCAUUGAAGCCUCAUGACAACCCUGGAGAGAAUACACUGUUGUUAUCACCAGUUUUCGGAGGAGGAAAGAGAUUCUGUUAGUCACAGAAGAUGGUUCAGUAACUUUUCCAAGGUCACACACUGAGUGGCCAAGUCCACAUCUUUUGGAAUCUGAGCCAGCUUUCCUGCCUACUACCCUUUGCUC